AUGUCAAACGAUUUAUCUUGUAAAGAAACAUUGAAUGUCGAGGACAGUUCUGCCAGGGCAAUCGUUCAAAAUAUGGCGCAUAAUCAGCAUCCAGCCGCCCGAGCUGCUGCGUCACAGAUGCCCCAACAAGGACCCUUACAGAUUCCUCAUCAGCUGAUCGCACAAGCCAGUAUGGCGUCGCCAGCUGUGCAGCAAGAUCUGGUAGCCCGUUUCAACCAGCCAGCGAAUCUCGCAAACAUCAUUUCCAUGGGACAAUCCGCCCCGAACUUGAGUACCAUCGGACACACAGUACUGCAGCAGCAUCUCCUCAGUCAAAUGCAGCCUGCGGAGCGUGAGCGGCUAAUGGCCAAUCUUCAAAAUCUGCAGUCCCAGCCGGGAUUGUAUAUUCUCCAGCAACAACAACAGCAACAGCAGCAGCAGCGACAGCAAACGCACCACCAACAACAUCAACAGCACCAGCAGCUUCAGCAGCACCAACAUCAACAGCACCAACAGUUGCUCCAGGCCGCCCAGCCUCAACAAGUCGUCCAUCAACAGCUUCAGCAGGUCCAAUUGCAACAGCAGCAUCGAUCACAACCCGUGCAGCAAUCGAGGAUUGUGCAGAAUGUGAAACGCCCACCACCUGCAAAAACAGCUACAGCCAUUGCGCAAAGCUCGCAACACCCUCUAGCUCGACCUCCUCCACCUAGCACUCCUCCAACCCCUCGCUAUGACCAUAUCCAUGCCGAUUAUAAACGGCUGCUGGCUGCCACCCAGCAGGCCGCCGAACAACAGGUAUUUCUUGAAGCACAGCGGAUAAAUGAAGCCCGAGCAGCUGCCGCACAAAAGGCUGAAUAUGAAGAGCAGCAGCGGAAAUUGGCCCAACAGCAGGUCUUGAAUUACGCAAAUGGACUUGCCGCGCAACACCGGAAUCCGAUUGUUGCAACUUCUCAAAUGCACCAGCCGCAACCAUCGAACGUACAACACCAACAGGCUGCUAUGAUUCAGGAGCUUCUGGCUGGUAUGUCAAAUCAUUCGACGCUGGAUCACGCCCGAGAACUAUACCGUCGGAUCACGGAUCAGCUACAGCAACCGGGGCAGGAAAUGACACCAUCCCCCCAGCCUCAACCGCAAAUUCAACAACGCCCACCACCGCAGCAGACCUAUCAACAAUCACAAAUCACCUCGCAGCUCUUCGCGAGAAUGGGCGGUAACCAUGUGGAUUUGAGCAACAUGACGGCGUCGCAUGCUCUUAGCCAAACCGCGCAACAACUGCACCAAGCUGGUCUUGGUCAGCCAACAAGUAUCUAUCAGCAGCAGGCGAUGCCCUCAUCAUCACAGGAGACCCUGUUCUCCCCGCCGAGGAUCCCCCAUGCCACCCCUCCACAUCAUAUCAUACAAAAUACUACGUCGAGUCCCAGGCCUCAGCCAUCUAUUUUGAGACGUAGAGGUGACGCAGGUCCAAGUCCUAGUUUGAAGCGGCGGUUAGAUGAUUCGCGACCUACGUCUGGAAAUGGGAUAGCCACUCCUCCAGAUAUGAAAGCACCCCAUCGUGCUCUUCAAUUCCCAGAUGACAAUCGAGAAUCACCAUACGAUGAUAAUGGCGAAUCCCCGAAAAAAAGGAAUCGGAAGCAAACCUUCGAUACCGAAACAAAUGAGCUCAAGCUGUACCAGCACCUAGCCACCCCGAAAGCCCCGCAGCCCAAACGCCGCGGCCGGCCACCAAGAUCCGAAACUGAGGCCAAGCUCCUCGCCCAGGCUGAGCUGGAACGGUAUCGCAUAGCGCAGAUGAAGCAAGACACCGGCAUUCCGAAGGUCCCACUGCAAGGACCGCUAGUCAUCGAAACCACACGAGUGAUUGUCGACCAGCCGUGCUCCUCAAAAUCUCUUCCUCCCGAGCAACCUGAGUCCCCAAAAUCAACAAAGCCCCUCAUCCCAGAUCUCUCGUUUUUGGAGAAGGAUGAAGCGGAUGCUGUAAUGGCGUUAGUAAACAUUCGUGAAGAGAAAGCGCAAAAAUUAUACAACCGGGAAACAGCGGUGAAGACACUGCUAGCGUUCAGUGGUCCCUUCGAGGAAUGCUUACCAAAACGUGAGAAGCUGCGGGAAGCUAGGCUAGAAAUGUCGAGGAUGAAGUUCAAAACCAACUCCGAGCUUGGCAAGAUCGGUCCCUUGACACCAUUUCGGGAGUUCGACACUAAUACGAUUCGCUUUGAAGAUUUGCUACGUGAGCAAUUGAUGGCGGACGAGGUGUUCAACACAGCCUCUGAAAGUGAUAAGAAGAAGAUCCGAAAUGUCAGGGCAGCUCAAGAACCGUUUUGGAAGCAGCCAAGUCGUGCUGAAAUCGGGCUUGAAGGCGCAUUAACAUAUGAUCAGUUGUCUGGGUCUGAGAAGAUGCCGAAGGCUUGGAGACCUUCGAAAACAGGUGCGUUAGGAAGAUUCAAGGCGCACGACCCAUUCAAAAAGCCGAUGCGUCAAUUACGGGUUGCUGAGCGGGAUUUUGCAACCUCAUACAAUGCCUUGACCAUCCCUAAACCCCGACCAUCAUCAAGGCAAGAAGAGUUGAUCUUCGUCGAAGAUGAUCCCGCCGAUGAUAUAGAAUCCGAACCGCUGUUACUGCCUGUAGGAAUAGCUGGCCACAAAUUAGAGGAAAAGGAAGGAAUGAGCACACAGAUUGGGAACGCCGUCCGAGAGGUCGUGGAUUGUAUGAUGCAUGCACUAUCCCAAGAGGAUUCCCGAAAACCUUUUAAACGGAAAGGAAAAGAUUGUACAAAGCGCCUUGCAUACGUCCUGAGUGCACUUCCGGACUAUGAUGAGGAAGCAGAUAUUUCAUACAAGCCGAAUAAAGGAGAAAUGGUCUGUUCGUGUGAUCUGUUGGAUCCUCUGCCCAAAAAUAUGCUAAAAUGCGAAGCCUGCAAGCCAUUGGUGACUCGAUCCACGAAUUACAACUCGAAGGAUGGGAAAGUCAAGCCUGUAGAUGUCUCCAACUAUGAUUAUCGGGUCUUUUGGCAGCUAAAAGAAGAUUGCUUGCUCAAUUUCGCUCGGGGCUCUAAAGCCAUUGUGCUGAACUACGCCGAGAUGCUAAAGCAGUUCAAGCCCGACUGGUAUCGAAGGAUGACGCUCGAGCAGAAAAUGGAUAUUGCCCCAACCGACCUAAGCGAAAUUGCUGAAUGGAAAAAGGUCCGAAGGAUUGAGACGUUCAUCUGCGGAUAUCCAUAUUUGCUGCCGGAAAAGCCAGUGAUCUACAAUGACCAGGUGUUGGAGAUGCCGGCUCGACACCAUAUUACGGAAACAAUGGCGUCGACAGCACCGUUCCGAGCAUUGGCCGGUCCAAACUCUGAUAACCCCGCAGGAGUCGAGAAAGACAGGGAUUGGAAACCACUGCGAUGGCCGGUGCCUGUCUUAGCCGAUGAUAUCAAACCCCUGAAUAUGUACGAUACAUAUCGGCUUCGCAUGGGACUCAGCCUCGUGGCAGAGUUGGAGCUGGACGUGAACAUCUGGCUCGAUGAAUACUCGUCACAUGAUUUCUGGGAGGGCACCUUUGACAAACCUCUAACCGAGGUAGAGACAAGUUUCCGCAAGCCCAAGGAGCUGGAGCAUAAGCCAUAUCUCGGAAUUUCCCGUCGAAAGCGAGUCUUCAACCGCAAAGGCGAACGUUACCGUGGUACCUAUGGUCUGAAUGGAGAUGACGACACUGGCGCCGAAGUCGUCGAAAGUGAUUUGUCUGACGAGGAAGAGAUGCAGCUCAAUGAAAGUGAGAUCAAGAGCGAGGUCCCAGACGAGUCUAACGGCAAUGAUCUAUUGACGCCACCACCGAUGGAAGUUUCUAUGACUGAGGUCCUAUCAGUCGAAGAUGAAAAACCGUCGGAAAAUCUCAACAGUUCCCCACCAACACCUGUUCAUGUAAGGAGUUUUGCUAGAAAGCCUCGAGCAGCCGGACCGCGUGUUCAUGAUUUAACUUUUGCUGAUGCUCCGGAAGAAAAGGGUACUUUCGAAAUCGCACAACGUCUUCGCGCCAAAAUGGAGGCCCACGUCGACUUCAUCAGAGAACCGCUGGCCGGUUACCUUCAGUCGAUGGAAAGGGCUGUGGACGUCCUAACGCAAAAUAUGCAAAUUUAUCGCGGCGACGUGUGGCAGAUCCCCGAGCACGAGCUCGAGCCCGAGGAGCCCGAAAAUAAUGCCACCGAUAAUGACGAUGAGGAAGGCGACUCAUCCGGCGAAUCCACAACCUAU